AUGGGUGCAUCAAGCUUAGGUUCUACUUUAGCAAAUUGCAUUAAUCUCUCAAAUUUGGCACUUAACCUUUAUGGGAAUCAAAUUGGUGAUGAAGGUGCAUCAAGCUUAGGUUCUGCUUUAGCAUAUUGCAUUAAUCUCUCAAAUUUGACACUUGAUCUUUGUGAUAAUUAAAUUGGUGUAAUGGGUGCAUCAGGCUUACGUUCUGGUUUAGCAAAUUGCAUUAAUCUCUCAAAUUUGACACUUAAUCUUCGUAGGAAUAAAAUUGGUGAUGAAGGUGCAUCAGGCUUAGGUUCUGCUUUAGCAAAUUGCAUUAAUCUCUCAAAUUUGACACUUGAUCUUUUUGAUAAUUAAAUUGGUUAUGAAGGUGCAUCAGGCUUAGGUUCUUAUUUAACAAAUUGCAUUAAUCUCUCAAAUUUGAAACUUUAUCUUAGCUCAAAGAAUAAAUCUUAAAAAUUCAAAGUAAUAAGCAAGUGUCUUAAAUCAAAAAGAUUAGUCGUCUUUAAGAAAUGUUUCUUAUGA